AUGUGAACCUUAAAACUAUAAAAAUCUCACAUCUCUCAGAACCAGCGAUUGCAUCUGAUCUCCUUUCCAUUGAAAAUCCAUCCUUAGCAAAAAUGCAAAGCUUUAGUGCCAACAAAAGAACAUACAGAAUGUCUUCAGAGGAUCUCGGUGGGCUUCGACCAACAUUUUACUCAUGGAGAAGUGCUGGAAAUAGGGGCUCCUUUUCCAAAGAUAUCUUUGGAUCUACCAAUGUACAAACGGGGGUUGUUGGAAACGUUGGAAAUGAAAAGGUAACCAUGCAAAUUCUAAAUGAGCGCCUUGCUUCCUACCUGGAGAAAGUUAGGAUUUUGGAGAAGGCCAAUGGUGACCUAGAAGUGAAAAUCCGCCAGGUUAUGGAGAAAAAAGGUCCAGACACAACAGACUACAGUCACUUCCAAGUCACUCUUGAUAAACUACGCAAAGAGAUCUUGGAGAUGAUUAUGAGAAAUGUAAAUGUUAAUCUUCAAAUUGACAAUGCCAAGUUGGCUGCUGAAGACUUCAAGAUCAAGUUUGAAAAUGAAUUUCAGCAAAGACAGUGUGUUGAGGCAGACAUAAAUGCACUGAGAAAAAUGCUGGAUGACACCAAUGUGGCACGACUCCAUCUGGAAAAUGAUGUUGAAGGAUUAAAGGUAGAGCUCAUCGAGAUCAAGAAACAGCAUCAACUGGAAUUGUCAGCACUAAAUGGUCAAAUUACCCAAUCAGGAGUGCAAGUGGACAUAAAUGCCCCUAAGGGACAGGACCUGGCUAAGAUAAUGGAGGAGAUGAGAGCAAACUAUGAAAAGAUUGUGCUGAAAAACCAAGAAGAGCUCAAAGCCUGGCAUGAAUCAAAAAUAUCUGUGGUGCAGGUUCAAGUGACAGAAAACACUGCAGCAUUGAAGGAGGCCAGCACACAACUCAGCGUGAGCCGCAGGCGGAUGCAGACUUUAGAAACUGACCUGCAGACUCUGACUGGAAGUAGAGCAUCUCUGGAAGAAGCCCUUAAUGAAACAAAGUUGAGAUAUGGCAUGCAGGUGGAGCAAUUCAAUAACAUCAUUUUGUUGCGAGAAUCUGAGCUUAAACAGCUGCGUGAUGACAUACAGAGGCAGUCAUUAGACUAUCAGGUCUUAUUUAACAUCAAGAUGGAACUGGAAGCUGAGAUAGCCACCUACAAGAGACUUCUGGAUGGAGAAGAAACACUCCAGAACAGGUCCGUGUCGGAGACUGUCACCCGGACGACGAUGGAAACGAAAAUAUUGUCCUGAAAAAUUGAUUUGAUGAAAAAUUUUUGGUGUUAUCAAAGAUAACACAAAAGAAAUAUCUCAGUUGAAAUGUACACUGUAAAAAAAGCAGUUAUUUUAAUUUUUUUUGGCAGCUGGGGUGCCAAAAAAAAGUAAAAUAAUGACCAUUAAAUUACAGAAAUUUACUGUAAAAUAAGACGUUAAAUUACAGAAGUUUACAGAAAAUCUUUAUUUAAGGAAAUAAAAAAAGAGUACACUGUACAACCAUUGUCAAAUACAACAAAUGUUCUGAAUCAAUUACAAUAAAACAAUCUGUAGCAGGUUGCACAUAAGAAGCGCUGCUCGGCGCCGCGACAGUGCGCAUAUGACAAUUUAAAGUAUCACACACCAGAUGCACUCAUUCGCAUAAUAUUUAACAUGAAACUAAUCAGAUGGCACUCUGUGGCGCAGCGAAAAUAUGAACUGAUUCCUGAGUCUUGGCUGGGCACCGCCGAUAGCCGCCAUCUUGCGGCGCCGGUGUGUGUACCUUGAUAGAAACCUAUGUUUAGAAUUCUAAAAUGCAUGGCGCUGCGUAGCGUUGCGCGGCACAUCGUCGAGCAGCGCUUCUGGUGUGCAACCUGCUUUUGAGUGCUAUUUCCAUUUAAUCCGAUUUUGAAAACGCUGGAAAGCCAAACCUUUCUGUCAUACCAUCAAUCUCAAUGAUUAUCCUAAAGGUUUAACAAACUUCAUAACUGGCAAAGAAAACAGUAAAUAGUGCCCAUUUCAUUCUUGUUUUACAAAAACAACAGUUAUUCUUAAUAACUGAAAGAAAUCUUUUUUUGUACUUCAACCUAAAGACAAUAAAUACUUAAACUGA